GUGAAAGAUUGUAGAAAGUGGCGAAGAUGAAUUUGGGAGCGGCGGAGGAAGAAUCGCCGCAGGAGAUUCAUAUCCCUGCCGAAAUCGAUUGGCAAAUGCUUGAUAAAUCUAAAUUCUUCUUUCUCGGUGCAGCGUUGUUUUCAGGCGUUUCGGCGUCUCUUUACCCUAUGGUGGUGUUGAAAACUCGUCAACAGGUUGCUUAUUCGGAGCUUCCGUGCUUCAGAACUGCAUUUUCUCUCGUCCGCCAUGAAGGUUUUCGUGCUCUGUACAGAGGAUUUGGAACUUCUCUGAUGGGGACUAUCCCUGCUAGGGCUCUGUACAUGGGAGCCCUAGAGUGUACAAAGAGCUAUGUCGGAACCGCCACUGUUAGAAUGGGAUUUCCAGAGGCUACUGCCGCUACAAUUGCUAAUGCAGCCGCUGGAUUGAGUGCUGCAAUGGCCGCUCAACUCGUAUGGACUCCCGUUGAUGUAGUGAGUCAAAGACUGAUGGUUCAAAGUAGCUCCUCCAUUCAUUACAUCAAUGGAAUCGAUGCGUUUCGAAAGAUCCUCAACGCUGACGGUCUCCGAGGCCUCUACCGAGGCUUCGGGAUAUCGAUUAUGACAUACGCGCCAUCGAAUGCGAUGUGGUGGGCUUCUUAUUAUGUAGCACAGCGGCUGAUUUGGGGAGGAAUUGGAUGCUAUCAAGCUAAGAAGGUUGUUGGUGAAGGCAAUGACAAUGGGGCUAAUGUUUACAGGCCAGAUUCCAAGACUGUGAUGGCAGUACAGGGUGGGAGCGCAGCGAUGGCGGGCAGUAUCUCGGCUUUGAUAACAAUGCCUCUUGAUACAAUCAAGACAAGAUUGCAGGUUUUGGAUGGGGAUGAGAAUGGAAGAAGAGGGCCAACAAUUGGUCAGACCUUGAGAAAUUUAGUAAGGGAAGGCGGGUGGGCGGCGUGUUAUCGAGGUUUGGCGCCCCGGUGCGCGUCGAUGUCGAUGUCUGCAACGACAAUGAUCACCACAUAUGAACUUCUCAAACGGCUAUCAACCAAGAAUCCAGAGGGUUUAAUAAGCUAAACAGAUGAUUCUAAAUGCUGAAGAUUGUCAUUUUCUCAAACUGUUUCUGAUCAUUCCAUUUGGGAUUUCGUUUUUUUUUUUUCUUUUUUACAAUCACUCUGCCUUGUUCAUAUAGUGCAAGGCUUCUCAAUGUUCAUAUCUUAAAUGUAUAUUAACUUUGGUUUAGUGUUGGGAAUGGGUGUGACAUAUGAUAUGAUAUCGUGAAUUGUUCUUGGACUA